ACUGUGAUGGAGACUCCUCUCGAGAAAGCCCUGACCACCAUGGUCACCACUUUCCACAAAUAUUCUGGGAGAGAGGGCAGCAAACUGACCCUGAGUAGGAAGGAACUAAAGGAGCUGAUUAAGAAUGAGCUAUGUCUUGCUGAGAAAAUGAAAGAGAGCAGCCUUGACGAUCUCAUGAAGAACCUGGAUAAGAACAGCGACCAGGAGAUUGACUUCAAAGAGUACUCGGUGUUCCUGACCACACUGUGUAUGGCCUACAACGACUUCUUCUUGGAGGACAAUAAAUGA